AUGGGCCUCACGCAACAACAAAUCGACAUCGUCAAGUCGACAGCACCCGUCCUCAAGGUGCACGGCGAGACCAUCACCACCCUGUUCUACAAGGACAUGAUCGAUACCCACCCAGAGCUCAAGAACGUCUUCAGCCUACGCAACCAGGCCAACGGCGAGCAGCCGCGCGCCCUCGCGAACUCGGUCCUGGCCUAUGCGACGUACAUUGACGACCUGCCGAAGCUCAAGGGCGCCGUCGAGCGCAUCGCCCACAAGCAUGCCUCGCUGUACAUCCGCCCCGAGCAGUACGACAUCGUCGGAACCCACUUGAUGAAGGCAAUCGGGGAGGUACUGGGGGAUGCGCUCACGCCAGAGAUCGCCGACGCGUGGACGGCGGCGUAUGCGCAGCUUGCGCAGGUCUUCAUCGGUCGCGAGGCCGAGAUGUACAGCGAGGCGGGCUCGUGGACAAGCUGGCGCAAGUUCAAGAUCAUCCGGCGCAUCGACGAAUCCGACGUUGUCACCAGCUUCUAUCUUGCACCCGUCGACGGCAAGCUGCCGCUGCCCAAGUUCAAGCCUGGCCAGUACAUCUCUCUCCAGGUCCCCGUGCCCGAGCUGGGAGGUAUUACUCAGCCCCGGCAGUACUCGCUCAGCGACGCGCAUACGGGCGACUACUACCGCAUCAGCGUCAAGCGCGAGGCGACGGUGCUCGACGGCAGUGCGGAGGACAAGGGCAAGGGUCUGGUCACGGGCUUGAUUUCGAACAUCCUGCACAAGGAGUACCAAGUCGGCGACGAGGUUGAGCUGUCGCAUCCCCAGGGCGAGUUCUUCCUCGACGUGACACAGGCCGACAAGGCCGACGUGCCGCUGGUCCUCCUAUCCGCCGGCGUCGGUGCCACCCCGCUGAUGGCCAUUAUGGACACCGUGCUCAGCCCGGAGAGCAAGACGCCAAACAGGCCCGUCAAGUGGGUGCACACGGCGCGCAACAGCUCCAGCUUGGUCUUUGCGAAGCACGUCCGGGACCUGACCCGUCAAAGGGAGAACGUCAGCGCUCACAUCUUCCUGAACGAGGUCAAGGAGGGGGAUCAGAAGGGUCACCAUUACGACUUCCACGAGCACCUCGACCUGGCAAAGCUGCCUACCGAAGAGCUUGGCCUGGCGGACAAGAAGACAGAGUACUUUGUCUGCGGGCCGAAGGAAUGGAUGCUCAAAGUGAGAGAUGCGCUCGAGGGCAUGGGUGUCGAGAGGGAGAGAGUCAAGCUGGAGCUGUUUGCGACCGGUGACGUCGCCUGA